GCGAUCGGAAAUUUCGUCCAUAUCUUAAUUGGUCGUCCAAGCGUACGUGAUCCGCUUUCGUGGCGUUUCAGACAUCCUCAUCCAAAGCAUUGAACGAUGGAUUUAGCGAAGGUACUGGUAUUGAUACUUCUUGGAGUCGAUUUGUUACUGUCGAGAGCAAGUGGAGAGAGGCUUUGUUCGUGUUAUAGCUUUAAUAACAAGUCAAGUGGUUACGCGUGGCCACAAGCAAAUGGUCACUGUAGGUAUCACAACAAACGCCUUGUGGUGAUGGAAACAGAGAAGGAAUGGGAAUUUAUCAAAAACGCGAUUCAAAACCGAGAAGGCAGUAAAUAUGGUGAAUGGUUUAUUGGUUUGGAGAUAAAUAUAACAACAAGAAAUUGGACUUGGAUCAAUGGCAAAUCCCUGACAAUUGACAAAUGGGAGAAGUCAAGUCCUGACCCAGAUGACUUUUACGUGAUGAUUCACGAGGAAUUUCCACUUGGAUUUAAAGGAUCUUUUGUCACCAUUAAAGGAAACGUACAAAGAGGAUGGAUUUGUGAGAAAGAAUCAGACAAUUGUCAAGGAGUCUGUUUCCUCCAUCCUGUUCCAAGAAGUACAAAUCCUCCUGGAACCACAACUGUAACAAAAAUUGUUACAACAAAAGGGAAGACGUCAACCGAACAGGAUAUCGCUGCUGUAUCAGGAUCUUCAACAACUGUCUUCAUACCAACCAUGGUAAUCACAGAUGACAACAGCAGUUCUUUCCCCACAGUAAUGAUAAUAGCCCCUUCCUCGGCAGCAGUGUUCUUCGUAAUGUUGAUCAUUCUCGUUGCAUUUAUGUUACUAAAGCGAAGGAAUCGCCAACAAAAAGAAAAAAUGCAAGUCCAUAGAAAGGUUAUCCCUUCCCCCUCAGGUUCCCCUUUUAAACGUGAUCACACCAGUCUAUACUCCUGGAUGGAUAAAAGUAGUCUAAAGGAUCUCUGCAAGCUCGAACCCAGACCUACAGAUCCGAAUCCUUCAGCACACAAACCCCGUAUGCUCCACGUGUAA